GUCUUCUCACCCGCCCCUGCCUGCAGGCCAGCAGGCCUCACUAUAGAGCUGGCAAGUGAGGACUUCAAGGAUUUGAAACCUGGAUGUUUGGUGCUGCAGCACUCCAGGGUAUAAUGGAAGACUGGUGAGGAGGACUUUAAACACGCUCAAGGGACUUGCAGCUGGGGAGUAAAAAGCCGUGUAUGUCAUCCUCAUCGUGGCUCAGCCUCGUGUGCCUGACAAGUAGAACCUUUGUGUUCAGAUAACACAGGCCUGUAAUAAACUCAGAGGCACUCUAGCAAACAGAGAGAAUCCUUGAGAUUCCUGCCCUGCACAGUGAAAAAUUACACCUGUGUGAAUCCUUGAUAUGCAGGUGAAAACAGCACAUUCAAAAGCAGACUCUGAAGCUCCACGGUGCCUGCGUUCCCGCUUAUGUGCUUCUGCCUGAGUGUUGUUUUGGAGGUCCUCCAGUUCGCAAGAUGACAAAAGCAGCACAAGAUGAGAAGCACAGGGGAGUGAGGGCACAUCACCAGACAAUGGAGGUGACGACCAAUGGGCCACAUCGCUGUGUGAGGAGCUGUAUUGAGCCUGCAGAGCCAGGGCAUGGAGAAGGCAGUGAAGUUUGCCUAUGCUGCUGGAACAAUAGCUGGGCUUCAGAAUGGGGUUCCCAACCUGGCUGUCCAUCACAUUCAUUUGCUGACUCCACACACCAUAAGACAGCUGAGUGAAGAUGUGGAGAGAAUAUCUGAAAACCCAACAGAUGAGAGAGGAGGAGAGAUGGAAGUUCAUGAAGAUGCCAGCUCUGUUAUUUUACCAGAUAGUGAACUGGGUACCUCUGCCCCUUCUUUGCGUUUCAGCAAGACCUGCCUAAAGAAUGUUUUUUCAGUAAUUCUUCUGUUUAUUUAUCUGCUGCUCAUGGCUGUAGCUGUGUUCCUUGUCUACCAAACCAUCAGUGACUUCAGGGAGAAGCUCAAGCACCCGGUGAUGUCUGUCUCGUACAAGGAAGUGUCCUUGUACGAUGCACCUGGUAUUGCCUUUUACCCAGGCAAGGCUCAGCUGCUCAGCUGCAAGCAUCAUUACUAUGAUCACAUUCUGCCGCUGAUAAAUCCAGGUCAGCCAGGAGACAUUGAAUGCAUCACUCAGAGAAUCAACUACACAGAUCCUUUUACUAAUCAAACUAUGAAGUAUGCUUUGAUUGUUCAAGGCCCUCGUGACGUGAAGAAAAAGGAACUGGUGUUUUUGCAGUUUCAUUUAAAUGGAACAGACCAAGACUUUAGUGCUAUUGACUACCUUCUGUUUUCUUCUUUUGAAGAAUUCAUCAACAGUCCAGAAAAAGCAGAAUUCAUGAAGGAUUGUGAAAGUUCAUACUCCAGCUGGAAGUUUUCCGGAGGCUUUCGGACUUGGGUCAAGAUGUCCUUGGUGAAGACAAAAGAAGAAGAUGGUAGCGAGACGGUUGAAUUCAAACAAGAGACUAGUGUGGUUAACUAUAUUGACCAGAGAGCUGAACCAAGAAGUGACCAGCUGUUUUUUGUGGUAUUCGAAUGGAAAGAUCCUUUUAUACAGACUGUUCAAGACAUUAUCACAGCAAAUCCUUGGAACAUGAUUGCUCUUCUUUGUGGCAUCUUUUUGGCCCUGUUUAAGGCAGCAGACUUUGCUAAGUUAAGUGUGAAGUGGAUGAUCAAAAUCCGAAAGAGACAUCUGAAAAGGAGGAGUCAAGCAAUGAACCACAUAAGCUGAGACUCAGACUGCCUUUUAACUCUUCAUAGCAGGAGGGAUAGAAAAUAACUGGAAUAAACUCCAAUCAGCAAUGCAGCAGUUAAAGAUGGAAACCAGGUGUGUUUUCUUCCAUAAAAACGACAGCUGGAGGAACAGCUGAGUGAAGUGGCCUCUGAACUUCAACAAGGAGCUAACUCUAGGACAGAUCUAACAAACUCAUGCUUUUCUAUUCCAAAUUUAACAAGCUUACUUCAGUGUAUGGGGAGAACCCAGGGGAAGGAGGUAAUUCACUGAUGUUCAAAAAGUCAGUGCUGUAGUGGUUAAGUUCUAGAAAAAAUGGAUGGUGUUUGUGUGCUCCUCAGAAGAGGAGGGUUUUAACUUCUGCGUGAGCCACGACCUGCAACUGCUACUGUAACGCAGUUACUUCCUUGACUGUGUUUAGUGGAAGGUAAAGCACUCAACAGAACAGCCUGCCCUCCCCUCUCCGAAGUAUGUAUUAAAACAAAAUACACUGGAAUUCUAUUACGUGUCAUUUUUUUUUAUUUAAAACAUAGUGACUUUAAUAUUAAAAGAAUACUUCUAAUAAGAUAUUGUGUACAUUCCUUGAAAACUCUCCAUAUCCAGGUUCAGCUGGAGCUUUACAGGAGGUAGGCAAGGCAAGGGUACUACUGCCAGAGGAUAAGGUGAAAAUUAAUCCAACCCAAGGUAAACUCAAGCAACUCAGUACCUGGGUGCCUGAGCUGAUGAUGGAAUUCAAAGUCUGUCUUUCCUUGUUGUUCCUAAAGUAGUGAAAAAAAAUCAUCUUUCAUCAGCCUGGCGUUUCAAUGCGAUUCUCUACUAUAGAAAAUCAUGGAAUCACAGAAUAAUUUGGGUUGGAAGGGACCUUAAAGGUCAUCCAGUUCCAACUCCCCUGCGAUGGGCAGGGACAUCCCACUAGACCAGGCUGCCCAAGGCCCCGUCCAGCCUGGCCUGUGUGCUAACAAACUGUGCUGGGGUGGUGUAGUCUUUUUCUUCCUUCUAAGUCCCUUGUUCCUCUGGAUACCCAACUCAGAGUUGUGGAGGCUACAGGGCAGCAGUGCAUCACUCUGUGUUUGCUCCGAUGGCUUUGUUGCAAGGAGCGGAGCACACUAACUCUAUUUUGCUUCUUCUAUCCUCUACUAUCAGAAAUUACUCCUCGUUCUUUUUUCUUUUGUCUAAGGAAGCAUUUUAGAACUAAAUUUGCCAUGUUUGGUCAAUACAGAGCCUUGAUUUGCUCUGGAGCAAAGCAGGGCCCUGUAUUGACCAAACAUGGCAUUAAACAAGGGAGCAACCAUUCACAGGGAUAAGAGGAAAAAACAAACGGGAGCACUGGCUGCCACCAUGGAGGCAGCAUGCGGGUUCUCCUGUGUCCAGACAGGUGGGGCGGGGGGUGGUUACAGCCUACUAGUCACUUGUAGUUACCACUCCUGCCCCUUCCCCAGAUCCUGUGUUGGUGCUUCAAACAGCUCAUCAUGGUGGAGUCUGAGCUAAUUCAUCGCACUCUUCUGCAGGAAAAAAGAUGUUUGCAUGUAGGAAGAGGUGGUGUCAUGUUCAGUGUCUUGCAGCGAUGGUUCUGGCCCAGCAGGGCUAAUCCUGUGCCUCUGCCUCAGACGAGGUAGUUAGCACCGCUCACAGUAAGGGGAUGAGUCUGAACCAGAGGGGAGCUAAGACCAAACACUCCACUGCUGAAGCAAACUGAGAGCUACUUCAUUCCUAGGGGUUGGUGUGGUACAGAAGGGGACAGAAAAUCAGAACGGGGGAGGGAGGAAUAGGGAGGGAAAAGAAAGAAUAAUAAACACCCCCCACAAACUUAGACCAUCCCUAUCAAGGAAAUCCCUGCUGAUUUUGCUAUGCAACAGCCUACACUGGUGGGAAAGCAUGCCACUGACUUCCUUGGCCUGCUUACAGCCCUUUGCCUUCCCAAAUACACUGUUGAGGACCUGUUCUACAGGUAAGCUGGAGACAACUGAGUUUUCUUGCUGAUUGAUGAGAAGCCCAAUGUGAGCCGACAAUGUGCGCUUGCAGCCCAGAAGGCCAACCGUGUCCUGGGCUGCAGCAAAAGCAGCGUGGCCAGCAGGAUGAGGGAGGGGAUUCUGACCCUCUGCUCCUCUCUUGUGAGACCUCAUCUGGAGUACUGUGUCCAGUUCUGGAAUCCUCAACAUAAGAAGGAUAUGGAGCUGUUGGAACAGGUCCAGAGGAAGGCUACAAGGAUGAUCAGAGGGACGGAGCACCUCCCACAUGAGAACAGGGUGAGAGAGUUUGGCUUAUUCAGCCUGGAAAAGAGAAGGCUUUGAGGAGACCUUAUAGUGACCUUCUGGUACCCCAAGGACCUACAGGAAAGCUGGGGAGGGACUGUUCACAAAGGCUUGUAGUGAUAGACUGGGGCAAUGAGUAUAAACUGGAGAGGGACAGAUUUAGACUAGACAUAAGGAAUUUCUUCACCAUGACAGUGGUGAGGCGCCGGCACAGGUUGCCCAGGGAAGCUGUGGAUGCUCCAUCCCUGGAGGGGUUCAAGGCCAGGUUGGAUGGUGUCCUGGGCAGCCUGAUCUAGUGGGAGGUGCCCCUGUCCAUGGUAGGGGGGUUGGAACUGGACAAUCUUUAAGGUCCCUUCCAACCCAAACUAUUCCGAGUCCGUGAUUCUUUACUGUGUUCUUGAAGAAAUGCUCUUUACAGCAGCUGUUUCUUGGCUUUCACAGACAUGAUUAGAAACCAUCAUUCGGUCAGGAAUGGAUGCACCCUGCUAGAUGCACUUUUUGUUCUUUUAUGCCAUUAAGGUCAGAGAACAAAGCUGGAAUGAGAAGGGAGUACGCUUAAAUGAAGGCUACGCUCCUUUCUGCAGUAUUUAAAGUACCUGGAUUUUUUUUUUUUUAAAUAAACUACCCAAGUAAUCAACUUCAGUCACUACAUCUCGGCUGUCUUAUAAAGACAUCUUGUUAGCUGAGCAGCCAAGAAACCUCUUUUUCAUAGAAGGAGUGAUUCUAACAGCAAGUGUCACACACCUUGAAAUAGCCUCUUCCUACAGCUACUGUGUUGGUUUUCUAUUCCUUCCUCUUCAUGUCCAUAUCAAUACAUUUUUUAACAAUUUCAAGUGCCAGUAAUUUGUUCUUAGUACCACUGGGAGGUAAGAGUUAGAUUCCCCAAGAAGUAUAUAAUUUAUUUCCUUUACCCUGUAGGACAGCUGGAAAAUAACUUAUAUUGCAAAUUGAGGGGUUUACUUUACUAUGGAAAAAAGGCACUAAAGUACAGAACUGAGGUAAACAAGAGGGCCACCCCCUGCCGAGCUGGCAGAGCACACCCUUGCAGGCCCCAGGGGGGUUUAACAUCCUGCAUCAAGAAGCACCAGAACAAAUAAAGGACUUUUUUCCUCCCAAAUUUUGGGCAGUCAUAUACCACGGCAGAGUUGACUUUGGUAGCCUUUUAUAUAAAACUGACGACUAGAGAGUAGCAACUACUUGGUUUUGACCAGCCGGAGUUUAUGGAAGGGAAAACCACUUCCCAUUUCCUCUGUGAAACACAACUACUUAGAGACAAAAAUAAAUUAACAAUAAAAGUGAAAUUAAGUCAACUUAAACAGAGUAGUAGUGACUUUUCCCGCCUCAAAGCUGUUUGAAUAAUGCCAGUAAAGCAGCCAAGCACGAGGUAACAGCAGCUCAGGCCAACCCCCAUCUCAU